AUGCCGCAAGUCCCGGCAAUGAGGAAUAGAUGGGGAAAGGGAGCAGAGUUUCUUCCAGGCUUCCAGGAAGGAUAUCUGGGCGUCCAUGAGAGCAUUGCGACACUUUAUUUUACAGUAAUCAUCAAUUUGAAAUCUAGUAACAAAAAAGUCUCAUUUUGUAUACACGUUUUACUUGCCUUGAUCGGUGAAAAUUUGACUUAUGAGAAGAAAGCUGAACUAAAACAAGUAAUAAUUGAAGGCAUUACUUUAGCUGCUAUGGAUCCAAGUAGAACAUAUUUUGGUGUAAAACUGGGUGGUCUUAUGAAAUGUCUGGCUAAACUGGCAGAAGGAGAAGAUGAAUUUCAAGACAUACUUCCAUUGCUUCCAAGAUUUAAAGAAAUUCUCGCUAUUCAAGAUAAUUCGGAACAGAGAAAUUUGACGGCGUGUUUAAAGGAGUUAUGUAGGAGCAUGCAGGCCAGCCAAAGAAUUUUAUUUGACGACACAUUCAAUGACAUGUUAGGGCAGUUAACCACCAGUGAAGACGAAAUUAUUUCAGCAAACGCUAACUCAAUAUUUUGGAGAUCAGGCCAAAGUACUGGAACUUUGCCUACUAAAAGAGAUAUUGUCCUAUCUGAAGAAUUCCCGAAAAAGUUCACAAUUGAUGUAUCAGAAAUUGGAGCAGGCUCAUUUGGUAGCGUCCAUCUUGUAACUGAUGAAGCUAGACCUGAUGAGAAAAAAUUCGUUGCUAAGAAAUCGUCACUUAAAAAAAGGGAUAGUUUCCUAGAUAUGUGUAAAAAAGAGGCAACGAUUUUACUUAAAGUAAAGCACAGACGAAUAGUUCAAUUUCACGGAUUUAAGAAAACAGAAGACGCAUUUUACAUAUUUUUAGAAUUUUUGAAAAAUGGCACACUAGCAGAAUUUAUAUCUAAGAGAGGUAGUUUGGAUGAAAAGUUGACACGACACUUUACUACUCAAAUUCUGGAAGGUAUUGAGUACCUGCAUGAGAACAGUAUUCUGCAUAGGGAUAUCAAAGGCAAUAACGUUCUUAUGGAAGAUGACUGGAACCUAAAGAUUACAGACUUUGGUCUAUCUGAGUUUGUAGAUGCCAAUGGGGUCUCUACAGAAAUUGGUACAGUGCGAUACAUGGCACCAGAAGUGAUUUAUACAGAAGGCAACGUAAUACGAAACUACACAAGCAGAGCAGAUAUAUGGAGUGUAGGUUGCACUGCGGUAGAGAUGGUGACAGGAAAACCUCCGUAUUCAUCAGUUCUCACACCCCAAAUAAUCUUCCACACUGCUUUGGGGAAUCCACUACAAUAUCAUCUGCCUGAAUCUUCAUCCGUUUACUUCAAGGAGUUUUUAAACAGGAUUUUACAUCGGGACUCUAAGUUAAGGCCAACAGCUGAAUGGCUGUUAAAAAAUGAUCCGUUUAUUCUGGGCAGUGACGGUCUGGAGAGUUUAGAUGACAUUAAAUGAUUUUUUAAAAUGAAAAUCAAUAAUCAGUAGUGUUACAAUACACAUCAGCACAUGUAUAUAAAACUAAUCUGCAUCAG